AUGGACCGUACUAGUAGCGUAAAACCACGGAAACCACGGAAACGACGGGCCCCUGCUUUAUUUUCACCAAGUACCACUACCCCACCACGGAAAACUCGAAAGCAAAAGGGGUCAAGCCCAGAAAGUGACAAUCAUCCUCCACCCGUUAUUGUUACUCCUUCUCGACCAGAACAUAAGCGGUUGGAGAAAAAAAUCAAGUCACAGGUGCAUCGAUUGCGGUACUCAUUAGCUUUCAUUGAGGCUUAUGAAACCGAAGGAUGGCGGAAAUCGAGUCGAGAAAAGCUCAAGCCCAACAAAGAACUUGAAGCGGAACACGAUAAGAUUACAAAAGGAAAACGUGCACUGAUUGACGGUCUCCACGAAUUGAAGGCACUCAAUGCAAACGACCCGCAAGUGCCACCGCACGCUGUGUUUGAAGAUGUGCAUUGCUCCCGAUGUGGAAGCACCGAUAUCGAACUAGACAACGAUAUCUUGCUCUGUGAUAGUCUUGGUUGUCAUCGUGCCUACCAUCAACGGUGUCAGACACCACUUGUCCUGACUGCCAAUAUCCCGGCAGGCGACGAGCUUUGGUUUUGUGAAGUAUGUCUAGCCGUUUUUGAGUGUCUCAAGUCGAUUAACUGGGUGUUUGGCACGACGUAUGAGAAUACCGAUGACCUUUUCCCUGAACUUGCUCAGUUGGAACAACCGGUAAAAACGGAUGCAAGCAGCAUUUCUCGCUCAGGCGAGGAAAGUGGCAGUGCUCGUGUUGAUGAGGAUAAUGACGAAGAAGAAGAUGAAGACUUUGUGUGUAAUGAAGGAGAUCCUGACGACGAAGAUGAGGAAGAAAGUGACGAAAAAACGACGGAAGAGAUAGCUGGAAGUGAAGAAGAAAUGGUCGAGGAGGUGCCCGAAAGCUCUCAAGACUUGCUUUUCCUUAGCAAAGACGACGUCAUCGACCCAGACCAUCGGUCAAGCCGUUCGAAAAGUGCGAGACGACCAUCAAAGCCCAUUCGUAAAACAUCGAGUCUUAUAGGUAAACAAACAGCUAAGAUCAACCGCAAAACUGGCAAAGUAAUACUUGGAGUCGUAGCAGAGCUUGAGCCACCGGUCAAGGGGAGAUAUUCGCGAUGGCGCAUUGACUACCAUGACGGGAGCUCUGAAAUGCUAACGCGUAGCAAGACACAGGCUGCCAUUAAUCAUGCUGUGGCCGAGGAUAGUAGCGAUGAUCAAGAGUGUGAUAAGUCCAAGGGAGAAGAUACUGGCGAUGAUCAAGGAGGCGAUGGGUCCGAGGAAGAUCCGAUGCCAAUUUUCCGUAGCAAACGAAAACGUAACGACGUAGACUAUCGCCAGCUUAACGAGCUCAUGUUUGCCGGCAAGGACGAAGAUAGCGAAGACGACGAGACCUAUGAGGUCAAAGAAAGAAGCGAUGACGAACCUGAUGAGGACGAGAAUAAUGGUAAGAAGAAGAAGAGGGAGAACAAGAUGAUCAAGUGUCUGCUGAAAGCGUAUCUGAUCAAGAGUCUGCUGAAAGUGCAUCUAAUCAAUCGUCGCCAAUUACCGUAA